AUGCGAUUUUGCUUUGGAUGCGCGCAUGAAUGGCAUGAACCAGUCAACUGUCGUCUGUUGAAACUUUGGUUGAAAAAGUGCAGUGAUGAUUCGGAAACCAGCAACUGGAUCAACGCCAAUACUAAGGAGUGUCCCAAGUGUCAGGUUACCAUUGAAAAAGACGGUGGUUGCAACCAUAUGGUCUGCAAAAACACUGCCUGUCGUAUGGAAUUUUGUUGGAUCUGUCUGGGACCAUGGGAACCACACGGAAGCAGCUGGUAUAAUUGCAAUAGGUACGACGAUUCUCGCGCUAAACAAGCUAGGGAUGCUCAGGAGCUUUCUCGAGCAAAUCUUCAACGUUACCUACAUUAUUACAAUCGAUUUAUGAAUCAUCAACAGAGCUUAAAGCUUGAAAACAAGCUGUACACUACUGUGAAAGGAAAGAUGGAAUUGAUGCAAGCGCAUAUGUCAUGGAUUGAAGUCCAAUUUCUGCGUAAAGCUGUAGAUGUUCUAUCUGAGUGUCGCAGAACACUCAUGUAUACUUAUGCCUUCGCCUAUUACCUUAAAAGAGAUAAUCAUGCCGAAAUAUUCGAAGGAAAUCAACGGGAUCUUGAGAUGGCGACAGAGCAGUUGUCACAAUUUUUAGAACGUGAUUUGGAAAACGAAAAUCUAGUCACUUUGAAACAGAAGGUACAGGACAAUUACCGUUACGUAGACCAGCGACGUCUAGUCUUGCUUAAACAUUGUCAAGAAGGAACUGAGCGAGAUAUCUGGCAAUACACUGCAUGA